CACUGAGUGGUUGGUGGUUUUUGCAUCAUCCUCUUACACACCACACAGCUUCCAACUCUUUGUAGGACUGUUUGUUUGGAUUUGCAUGAAUGGUCCUUUUUGCUACAACAGAGAGUAACAGAAGUCUGCAGGCUCUGCGGUGGGGAAGUGAUGAAUGACCAAGCACUAGUGCAUGUCCCAACAUCAUCAUGCCAGGGCCCAGGUCACCAGACGGCCCUGCACCAAGCUGCCAUGGUGGGAAACAGUGAUGCCAUGACUGCUCUGAUUCAGGGAGGCUGUGCUUUGGACCUGCAGAACAGGGAUGGCAACACUGCACUGCAUGAGGUGUCUUGGCAUGGUUUCUCUCAGUGCGUCAAACUGCUGGUUAAAGCAGGAGCUGAUGUGCACAUCAUGAACAAGGCAGGAAACACAGCACUUCACCUGGCCUGUCAGAAUGCACAUGCUCAGACUGCUCGGGUAUUGCUGCUCGGAGGAUCCAACCCAGACACCAAGAACAACGUGGGUGACUCCUGCAUGCAUGUAGCUGCUCGCUACAACAACCUGAACCUGGUGAAAAUCCUGUUAAACUCAUUGUGCUCUGUGACAGAGAGAAACCAGGGAGGGGAAACCGCUCUACAUGUGGCUGCUGCUCUGAACCAUAAGAAAACAGUUCAGCUCUUACUGGAGGCAGGGACUGAUGGGAAUAUCAGAAACAAUGCAGGUAAAACAGCACUGGACAAGGCCAGAGACAACAAUCAUAAAGAGCUGGCAAUUCUUCUGGCCAGGGCUCCUCAGGUACAUCGCUUCAUGCGAGGAAGAACAAUAAGGAAACGAAGAGAAAGAUUGAUAUCUGAGCGCAGGUCCCAGUCUGUCACCAGAGUAGAAAUACUGCCCAAUAAAUCUGUGUGUCCUGAGGAGGACAGCUGUUCUGUGGUGGAGGAAUGUCCCAACAGUGAACAAAUGCAGAGCCGAACUGCAGCCGAGCUGCAGCCUCAGCGACGACAGCAGCAGCAGACUCAGAAUCAGAAGACUCCAGCCACGAUCGACAACGCUCACAGCCACUGCAGGAGAAGAGACAGGAAGCAGACUUUGGACGAAGAUGAUCCGAGAAAUGGAAAGACUGACUUUCACAAUAAGCGAGAUCUACUCUGUGAUGAUGGCUUCAAACAGCUUUUCACACGGUACCGUGAUGAGGAUGGCAACAUUAUACAGGCACCAGCCAAUGGAUGCCACUGUAAGCCCUUACUGAAGAAGCUGGAGGGUCAAAUGAAAGCCACUCAGGAGGAGAUGAUGCUGCACAUUCUCAACGUCCAGGAGUGCGUCAGUAGCCGAAUGGGCAAAAUGGACCAAAGGAACAGACACCAGAUUAAAGUGUUGAACGUCCUGAAUGAGGAAAGAGCAGCAGCAGAGAGGAAGAACAUGAUUUAUAGGAUGGAGCGGAGAGCUGCCCAGGACAGAGAGGAGGCUCUGAAGACACAGCAGGCAGCAGUGAGUCAAGAACUGAAAAUGUGGUGGAUGUCUCACCUAAACGACAUGGACGCCCAGAUCCCAACUAAUAGCCAGUAUUACAAACUCCUCCCUUCACCAUCUGUGGAGCAGUCUGAGGCAGACGCUGAUCUGGAAUCACUCCCCCUGCUGUCUGUGGUAUCUGGUGACAGCAGCACUUCACUGGCCAACUAUGUCAACAUCCUGCCAACAAAAUCCGGCCUAGGGGACCUUGAGCAGGUGGGGAGGAGGACAUACUUUGAAAUGAGACUGAAAAGGUCACCAGAUGACUACGAGAACACAGCCCUGUUUCCUCCACCCAGCAACCACAUCAGAGACAUCCCGCUGGGCUCUGCUGACCCCAUCUGGCAACAUUCAGGAGUGCAGGACAGUCCCGUAGCUGCAGUGGUGCCAUUGUGUGGGGGGGGCUUCUCAAGCAGCGGCAGUCAGUCCAGCAUCAGUGAACAAGGAACUGGACUAAUCCCACAUCAGGAACGCAGACAUGACAGGCAACACAUGAAACACUUUGGAGAGUUGAUGAGUUCCUGCAGGCAGGAAAAGAUGCACAAUGAAAGCACCACAACACUGGAAUGUUUCAUCAAACCCACUGAGCCCUCAUUCAACCAGGAGAGGAACUAUCUGCAUGCUAUGGAGGUGACCCAGCGUUUCUUUGACACGGUGUCCACCCAGUUGGAGCGCUGGUACGAGAGGAAGCUUGUGGAGGUGGAGCAGCAGAUCGAGCUCAGGGCCCAGCAGGACAGGAAGGAGCUGAUGCAACGGAUCAGCACGCUGGAGGAGGAGCUUCAGAGGCUGAACACCAAUGAGAAUGCAGACAUCUGACGCACCCGGACAGUCACCAACACAGAAAGGAGAAUAAUUUAAGUUUUUUCAGUUUGAUUGAAUAUUUAUCCAUUCAGUACUCAAUGAACUAAUCUAAACCAGAUGCUUCCUUCUUAUCAGUCAAUUAUUUUGUGUAAAAUGGGCUAGUUUUUAGACAAUAUUGAUUGUUCAUACAUAUAUGGAGUAUAUAAAUAUAUAGACGUUCAACAGAUUGUUAAAUUGAGGGGCAAGAUUAUUGAAAGUUGUUGGAAUAUGGGUCCAAAGAAGCUAAAUACCCAUGGUCAGAAUUAUGGGAAAUUUGUGAGAUAAUACCCUGUUAAGGUGUUGUGAACCUGUGGUUAACUUGCUGUCAACCUGUUGCUCAGGUGGAGCAGCCAGAAGCCUGGUGCAGGAGGUUGCAGGUAUAGACAGGUGUGCAUAGUUUAACACAAGAUGGAAUGGCCAAAAUGCCAAACUUGUGGCUUUAGUUCACAAACUAAUGGGCGAUGUCAUGAUGGGUUACCACUUGGUUGACCACAAUAUUAUGCUGCAUUCCGGACUGCUUUGAGGUCAAUAUUUCCCAAACUCCUACUAUAAAAAGUACAAUGGAACGCCAUGCAAAGAACCAUCAAACAACAAUUUCUAUUAAUGGGUGGGGAGAGAAAAAGAGAAGCACAGGAUUUUUUUUGUGAUUAAAUGUUAACCCGAUUAUUUUAAAAAGACAACUAUAGACAGCACAACAAACAAAUGAUAGAUACAUCCAUGUUGUGGCCCAAUUUUUUUUCCC